AUGAACAUGAUUACAUUUUUGAUCAUCUCUCCAACUCGCAUUGUUAAGCUAAGAAUACAGAAUGGGGAAUCGGCAUUGUUCUGGUUUGACAAUUGGACGCCAUUUGGGAGCCUAUCUGAUCAUCUCUCCAACUCGCCUUCACGUCUUGGAAUACCGCCUCAUGCCACUGUCUCCUCAUUGUUCAGGAAUGGAUCUUGGCACCUUCCACCUGCAAGGACAGAGACACAAGUUCAACUUCAAGCUUACCUUAUGACAAUCACACUUACUGAAGACCAAGACUACUACGAGUGGGAGAUAAAUGGUCAGGUCUCAGAGCGAUUCAAAACGGGGGAAUUAUAUGCAUACCUCUGUGCGGAAAGAGCAGAUGUCCAAUGGUCCAAGGCGGUCUGGUUCUCAGGAGGAAUCCCACGACACAACUUCCACACUUGGUUAUUGGUCCUGGAUAGAAUCCCAACUCGAGAUAGGUUGAUAAGUUGGGGCAUCAACGUCGACGCAAACUGCCUCCUCUGCAACUCAAUGCCAGAAUCUAGGAAUCAUCUCUUCUUCUCUUGUUCCUUUAGUUUUCAGCUAUGGAGCAAGGUCGCCUCAAGGCUAGAGAUACAACCUCAGAGAGGCUGGGAGGACACUCUCAACCAAAUGACUGCGCUUCACCUACAGAAAUCGCAUCGUCUCCUGGUACUAACGGCUUGGCAAGCAACGACUUAUUGGCUCUGGAAUGAGAGGAAUGCUAGACUGCACUCUAACACUUUCCGAUCUGUCGAUAGUAUCUUCAAACUCCUUGAUCGCCAACUAAUCAACAAGGUUCAGAGCUUCAGAGAAUUGAACCCUAGGAGAUCCUCGCAGAUGAUGCAAAGGUGGAUUCGCUUUGCAUGA